AACGCGCUCAGCCCUUGUUUUCCCCCCCAUCAGGAUUUGUCCUUCCCAAAGCUUGGGCGGAUGGAGGAGGAGGCUGCGAGGAAGAGGAAGAUGCCUUGGGCCCCCCAGGCAGGUGAGGAGGAAGUCAGUGUCCCUUUGGGUGGGUGUUGUGCUGGCUCUGUCAGCCGAGCAUGGCCCCGGCUGCAGGACAACCCCGCUGGCGCCGCCGUCCUGCCGGGGCCGGAGUUGGGGGGAUGUCCUUGGCCUUCCCUGUGGGCCGGAGGCAAAUCCCCUGCCUGUCCUUCUUGCUUCCUGCCCCAGGCCCCGAGCUGAGGACGGAGAGCCCGGAGGACAAAUCCCCCCGUGAGACCCUGGUGGGAGAGGCUGUUUUGAAGGGCUCCCCUGCGCAGGAAGGCAGCGGGGAGGAAAAGGGCCGGAGAUCCCCCCGCAGGAGGGGCUCCAAAGCCAUCCCAGGGUGCUCUGAGGAGGAAAGAGCCAGCCUGUGCCGGGAAGGCGGCCGGAGCUUGAGGGGGAGCUCUGACCUGGUGGUCCCUGAGCAACCUCCCAUCAGGGAGAAGCCCUUCAGGUGCUUGGAAUGUGGGAAGAGCUUCAGGACAAGCACUGACCUCCUCACCCACCAGCACAUCCACACUGGGGAACGGCCUUACCCGUGUGGGGAAUGUGGGAAGAGCUUCAGGAACAGCUCCAGCCUGAUCCGACACAAGCGCAUCCACACUGGGGAACGGCCCUACACAUGUAGAGAAUGUGGGAAGAGCUUCAGCCGGAGGUACUACCUCUUCACCCACCAGCACAUCCACACUGGGGAACGGCCCUACACGUGUGGGGAGUGUGGGAAGAGCUUCAUUGACAGCUCCGGCCUGCACGUGCACCGUCGCAUUCACACUGGGGAACAGCCCUACAAGUGUGUGGAGUGUGGGAAAAGUUUCAGGAUCAUCUCCAACCUCCGUACCCACCAGCUCAGCCACACUGGGGAACGACCCUACAUAUGUGGGGAAUGUGGGAAGAGCUUCAGGAGCAGCUCCUGCCUGAUCCAACACCAGCACAUCCACACUGGAAAACGGCCCUACACGUGUGGGGAAUGUGGGAAGGGGUUUCAGACCAGCUCAGAUCUCCUGAAGCACAAGCCAACACACACAGGGGAGUGGGCCUUGCACUGCACCUACUGCGGGAAGGGCUUCAACCGGAACUCCACCCUUGUCACCCACCGGCGCAUCCACACUGGAGAGAGGCCCUACAAGUGUGGGGAGUGUGGGAAGAGGUUUCAGACCAGCUCAAGUCUCCUCAGGCAUGAGCAGACACACACGGAUGAGAGGCCCUUCCGCUGCACCGACUGCGGGAAGGGCUUCAAACUGAACUCCCACCUUGUCAGGCACCGGCGCAUCCACACCGGGGAGAGGCCCUACAAGUGUGGGGAGUGUGGGAAGAGCUUCACCCAGAGCUCUGCCUUGACCAGACACCAACGGACCCACUGGUAAGGGAAGCCCUACCAGUGCCCCGA